AUGAGCUCCUGCUCUCACUCUCAGCAAUGCCAGUCUUGCCGGCCCAAAGGGGAUGCCAGCCACCCUUACUACACCUGGAUCUCCUCGUCCCAGCCGGGGUCACUUACUUCCCCAAGCCUUUACUCUAAUUGCCACCUACAGAGUCCAGGAAAGCUCCAGCCAAGCACAGCAAUUUCUCCUGCUCCUUCAUCCAUGGAUAAAUUUAUUCAAGAUACUCCUGAUUCUGCCACUAGCCCUACUUCAAAUAGCCUUUCCUCCCAGAACAAACCCAAGACCCAUCAGGGAAAAGACCAAAGCCCAGUCAAAAAACCUAAGAUGAGGACAGUGUUCUCUCAGGCUCAACUGAAUGUACUCAACAGCAGAUUUGUGGAGCAGAAAUACCUAAGCCCACAGCAGAUCCGAAAUGUGGCUGAGAACUUGAACCUUACUUACAAACAGGUCAAGACCUGGUUUCAGAACCAGAGAAUGAAAUCAAAGAGAUGGCAGAAAGAUAGCAUGUGGUCAAAGAAUGGCAACCGUAAUGUUCAGAAUGGAUCAGCUCUUGGGGAAUACAUAAGUCUCUACUCUCUAUUUCACCAGGACUAUAUGGUUAGUUCUUCUGGAACCCUUCCAGUAUGGAGCAACCAGACUUGGAAUAAUCAGUUCCAGAAUAGUGGUGAGAGCUCCUAUCAGCAUCAGAUAUUUCAGCACUCUUACCCUGCCAGUGACUUGGGGACUACCUUUGGAAAUAAUACUAGUGGGGCUUAUCCCAUGAAAUCACAGACUUCUAUGAGUUUUAAUACCCCCCACCCCAUGGAAUAUCUCCCAAGCUACUCUAUGAACAUGCAACUGACCCACAGCAAGUCAGAAGAGGACUAUGAUUAUCGGCAGGCCAGUGAUGCUCAAACGCAAUUCUUAGAUCCCAUUGGGGUACCUGUAUUCCUGUCAUAA